GUUCACUGGAUAGAUCAUCUAACAAGUACUAGAAUAUAUCUGAGAUGGAUCAAACGUUAAAAGAAGCGAGUACAGAUGGAAACCCAGAGUGGCUGGAAAUAUUGAAAACAGUAUUUCAAAAUGGCGCAAUUGCAGCAAAUGUUUUGUUUGCAUUAAUUAUGAUGGCCGUCGAAAAGUUAGUGGAGCUGGAAUUUGAGUGCCCCUGUGAAGGGAUAUACUUGAAUGGUGGUUUUGUUGCUACAUUCUUCAUCAUUCCUGGAAUUUUGGCCUAUGUGCUGAUGGCUUCAUUGCAAGGAAUGAAGUUCUCAUGUGACAUUGAAAAUAAAGGGACAAUCUUGCGCCGAUCUAUCCCUGCAUUUUUGUGGGCAAUCCUGCUGCUCUUUAAUGGCAGCUACAUUACUUGUGCAAUGACUGAUUGGUCAGGCACGUAUGUAGCUGUUGACAAAGUUGCCCCACUGAAAUGGUGUGAACCAGAAAACGGUACCUCAUACCAGGAGAGAUUGAAGAAAUCUCAGGACUGGUACGUUUACUCUCAGUGGGCUGGAAUUGCCUUUAUUGUGGUCUUGAUCUUACUGAUCAUAAAAUACAUCCUGAAAGGGCAAUCCAGUCCUCCUGCACAAAGUGAGAGUCUCCAAGUUCCCCCAGGCCAAACAGAUCAACCCUUUGGCUCAGGCUCAGCUGUCCCACUCAAACCUGUCCAUACCAACACUCCUGACACCAAUGCCACACCUAUGUGAAGAAGCAAAGGAUCUGCAUCUGUCCACCCUGCUUUUUCUUUUCUUAUUUUUUCUGUUUGAUUAAAAAAACACAAAGUCUGUAUGUGUGUUCACAAGUCUUUUCAUCCUACAAGUUAACAAACUUUUGAUACCUUUCAAAGUUUGUGCUUUUUUUUAACUGUUGUGGUUGAAUUCCUUUGCCAAGUUUAAGUUAAUUCAAGAACCUGGGACAAACCAGGACAAAAAAAGGGCACCUGAAAGCAACACUUAGAAAUGGAGAGGAGAACAGUAAGAAAAUAGGCUGUUGACUCUUCUUGCAGGACUGGUGAAAGAGUUUUAAACAGUUGCUAAAUAUUUGUUUUGUGUAUUUACAACACAACAUAUACCAGUGAAACUGGGAAUUACAUUGAGGAUUAUUUAGAAAAUACAGAAAUGGGAAGAGCAUUUUUUAAAUUAAAAAAAAUAAAGGUUUAUUUAUCUAACUGAGGAAUCCGUGGUGCUCCUGGACACAGACUCCUCCUAUCAAAUCUCCGUGCUUGCCUGAGUCACUCCUUGAGAUUGUCCCUGCACUGUAACUGUAAAAACUGUAAAAUGAAAGUAUCAAGGGCACUAAAAAGUUGUACUUUUUAUAAUUCAAAUGUCUCGCUAAAUAACCAGUGUCACUGUUUUUUUGUUUUUUUUUUCACCUAUGUGAGAUAUAUGGUGUUCACUUUUAUGUAUUGUUGGAUUUUACUUCUGCAAAUGAUUAUGUGAUUUUUACAUUUUUCAGUAGCUUAAUCUGUAGCAUUCUAUAUUUUAUAAGGGUCUUAAUUGUUUGUGCCAUCUGUUUCCUGUCAGACCCAUUUCUAAAAAAAUCUGUCUGUUUCCUAUUCUGAGUCCUUAUACAUCUAACUUAAGACCCUUAUUUAAUGGGAAGACUUUCUCAUCACAUAAACGGAUGUUUAACACUACAGUGUAUCCUUCAUUUUAUCAGAAUCAUACAAAAUGAUAAUUUUAGUUCAAUUGUUUGUUUGUUUUUUCUUUUGUAACAGUAUGGGAGUUUGUAUUUACAUCUAAGUAAAUAAAGAUUUUAGAAAAAUGUAGUGGUUGCAGUACAUCAGUAUUUGUCUGUAAGAUAGUGUAGUAGAGGUAUACAAGAAGCAUUUGAGUCAACUGAGCUAAAUUCCAUUACUUGUAAUUUUUA